AUGGGUCGCAAGCUGGGGCUCUUGCGAGCUGCCUAUCUGGUUUCAGCCAGCUGUAUGGGAUCUUUUGCAUUCGCCUUUGACACGGGCAUUAUAAGUGGUGUACUCGCGUUAGAAUCCUUCGAGCGAGACUUCGGAUACUCGCACUAUACCAAAGCGCAAAAAACCACCGUCAACUCCAACGCUGUGUCCAUCCUCCAAGGUGGCGCAUUCUUCGGCUGCUUCCUGAUCUCGCCAAUCGCCAAAUACCUCGGCCGCCGCUCCGGUCUGAUUGUCAGCUCGCUUGUCUUUACUCUCGGAACUAUCCUGCAGGUGAUCAACUCUGGUACCCUGGGCACAUUCUAUGCCGGCCGUGUGGUUGCUGGCUUGGGUAUUGGGUCAGCAACUGUAUUGAUCCCCAUGUACUCUGCGGAAAUGGCCCCCAAGGAGUUUCGCGGUCGUCUAGGGGCUUGCUUCCAGUUGUUCUUUGCACUCGGUGUGAUGAUUGCCUAUUGGGUGACGUAUGCGGUAGGUAAGGACCAGGCAACUGGAACGAGCCAAUGGCAGACUGCAUUGGGAUUGCAACUUCUCGGAUCAACACUACUGUUGGUUGGUAUGUGCACAGUCAAGGAGAGUGCUCGAUGGCUCGCGGCCAAGGGAAAGAUAGAUAAAGCGCGCGAGUCACUCAAGUGGGUGCGUGGUGGUGAGGAAUCAGAAGAGCUGCAGAUGGAAUUUGAUGAGAUUCUUGCCGGCAUCGAAGAAGAGGCUCGCGUUAAGGAAAAUCUCACAUUCAAGGAGCUGUUGCUUCCGGUUAAUCGUUACCGACUGUUCAUCGCCGUCACAAUUCAACUCAGCGCACAGUUGACCGGUAACACAUCGCUGGCCUACUAUGCCACUCAAAUCUUCGGUGCCGUUGGCGCAGGAAGCUCUGCGAAGCUGGUAACAGGCUUCUUCGGCGUCGUCAAGGUGACUGGUGUUGUCGUGUUUCAGUUGUUCGUAUUGGACCGCAUCGGGCGGCGGAUCCCAUUUAUGGCCGGUGCAUUCGCCAUGGGCUCGUUCAUGCUCAUUAUUGCAAUCAUUUUGGCCACGCAUCCGGCCAAUUCAGACAGCACUUCGGCCGGGCCCACUUCAGCUGGCAUUGCCUGUAUCAUCAUGACUUAUGCGGAAGCGUUCAGCUACAAUAUGUCCUGGGGUCCGCUGCCCUGGCUAUACGUGGGAGAGAUUUUCUCCAGCCGCACUCGAGAGAUCGGUGUUAUGGUCGGUGCGGCGUCGCAGUGGUUAUUUAAUUUCAUGAUGUCGCAGGUCACUCCACACGCAAUCGUAAACAUCGGUUGGCGGAUGUUCUUGAUGUUCGCUAUUUUCAACUACGCGAUUAUCGGAUACGCGUGGCUGGUUCUGAAAGAAACUUCAAACCACUCGCUUGAGGAAAUGGAGAGGGUCUUUGGUGGAGAAAAGAUGCACGAGAAACACCUUGAGAGCGCGGUUCAUGAGGAACACGCUCAGCUGUCUAAGGAGACUUGA